AAUACGAGCACUUGUUUUGAAAUGUUCAUUUGAUCCCGCUAUACGAACUAAAGAAAACAAAAUGUUAAGUUCUGUUAAGCGAAAACUUCAGCAAAUUUUAAUUCAUUCGAAGGAUACCUCAAAGAUUUUGGUUUUGAUUUUUCUAUAUAUAUUCCAGGGAAUCCCUCUUGGAAUUUCUGCGUCCAUCCCUCUGCUUUUUCAAUCAAGUCUUCGCAGUGCAGAUUACGGGGCGUUGGCAGCAUUCUCACUGAAUCAUUAUCCUUUCUCUUUCAAACUCCUUUGGGCACCGAUAGUUGAUUCGGUCUACUGCAAAUUCAUCGGCCGGCGGAAGACUUGGCUAAUAAUAACCCAGUAUGCAAUAGGAAUUGAGCUAAUCGUCAUGGCAAGCUAUAUUAAUGAAUGGUUUGGGCGAGAUCCAACCAAUCUCUGGAGUAAAUUUGGUUCUGAUCAUCCAGUUGAAAUUCCCCAAAUAACGGCAGCAUUUUUCUUGCUCAUGUUUUUUGCAGCAACACAAGAUAUAGCCGUUGAUGGAUGGGCCAUUUCAAUGUUAUCAAAAGAAAAUAUAGGUUGGGCAUCUACGUGUAAUAAUGUUGGACAAACAAUCGGACGUGUUAUUUCAUAUGUUUCUCUGUUAUGCUUGGAAUCACCUGAAAUUUCAAAUAAAUACCUAAGACGAGUACCAGUUGAAGGUCAAGGAUUGAUAUCAAUUCCAGGAUUUUUCUAUUUUUGGGGAAUUCUUUUCAUGAUAUUCAAUACACUCAUAGUAUUAUUACAACAUGAAGAACAUUCAAAAUUGGAUCUACAUCUACAUCAUUGGAUGAAAUGUUUAUGCAAUAAAUUUAAGUCAAAAUCAAAACAUCAUUUGACAUCACCGAACUCUUGUCAAAUGAUAAUCACUGAUAAAUUCUCAGAUUUGAUAUCAAAUAAAUCCUAUAAUGAAAUGCACAACAGUACAGAGAUGAAUACAGAAACAUUUAACACUGAUGGUGUUCAAAGAGAAAUUUCAUAUUAUUCUGAAGUCAAAACAAUGCCUGAACUAAAUGAAACUGAAGUAAAAGGAGAACAGAAUCUUUCUUUAAUAGGAACGUAUAAAGUUAUCUUUUGUGUUAUGCAGCUAAAAGUAGUAUGGAUGUACUUGUUACUGAUAAUUAUCUCCAAGGUGUGCAUGGGAUUUGCAUCUUCAGCUACACACUUAAAACUAGUCGAACAAGGAUUCCCAAGAGAAAAUAUUGUUGUCUUUGAUAUCCUCUUUUUACCAUUGGAUUUUAUUUUACCAUUUGUGUUUCUACGUUGGACUCAUGGACCGAAACCAUUAACCCUUUGCAUGAUAGCAUUUAUACCCAGGUUGAUUUUCAAUAUUUUCAGUAUUCCUAUCAUUCACUACACUCCAUCGUUUCGUGUAGAUGGAAAUAUGAAUAGUGGGAAUGCUUCUACAAUAAAUAAUACACUCUCAGUGAAUAUGAAUAGCAGUAAUGCAGCUGCAGCAUCAUAUUCUUGGUCAUUUUAUGCAAUUCUAGGCGCUUUUGGAUUAAGUGAAACGCUUCUUUUUAACUUUAUGUUAUUGUUACAAAUGGCUUUCAAUGCAAAGAUCAGUGAUCCAGCUAUCGGUGGAACAUAUAUCACACUGUUGAAUACUGUGUCAAAUAUUGCCGGCGCUCUUUCUAACACCAUUAGUCUUGCACUCAUAAAUCCGCUAACAAUUCAUACAUGCACGUACAAAAGUAAUGCUACUGACAAUUAUACAAAUGCCAGUGUGACAAUGAUGAAUAUUGUGAAUAGCACAUGCAAUACUUCAAAUAUUGGAAAGGACUGUACUGAUACCAUAACAUCGUGUGUUAAAUUAAUCGACGGUUAUUAUAUUCUCAUUGUUGUAGCCAUCUUGAUUGGUUUAAUUCUACAUCCUUUAUAUUUAUAUCCUACGGCAAAACGUUUACAAAGACUACCAAGAGAAGCAUUCACUUAUAGGUCGAAUGAAGAGCAUAAGAAAUUUACUUCUGCUUUACUAAAUAUCUGUCGUAAUUCAAAGUGUAAAAAACGUUCAACAAUCAAUGGUGGUGAUACAGAAGAGAAUAAAACCAAUGUGUCUGAAUUAAGUUAUUUAUAAACAGAAGAAAAAAGGAAAAAGUAAUUUUGAUGAAAUAAAAUUUAUGAAAAACUGUACAAUUUCAUUCAUAUCAAGCAUGUCUAAUUCAUCUUCUAUGAGUGUUAUUUGUUUAUGUCGUCACCAAGGUUAUUUUAUAUAUUUUGAUAAUACUUAUUUAUCAAUUUCGAAUGAUUUUCUAUCUCCGUCUUGAAAAACCAAAUUUUCUCUGUCAUUAUGAAAGGAGUUUUUAAAAAAUUUUUUUAUUCAAUACAUUGACCCUCUGUGAUUUAUGUAAUAAUAAUAAUAAUGGCAGUAAUGAUAUUAACACUGAAUUGUCCACCUCUGGUGAAUAAAGUAAUCUGCAAAGAAACUAACUAAUCACAGUCAUCAAUGGAUCCAAAAAAAUGAUAAAAAAGGAACCUAAAAAUUAUGAUUUUCAUCUUUCCUUUUUGAAAACAGACAAUCAUGCUAUUCACUGUUUAACAUGACAAAUUCACCGUGAAUCAGAUUUUUGUAUGCAAAGCGAACGAACUGAGAAUUUCACCAAAACGAUGAAGGAUCUAUAAAAGCAGAUCUAUCAUUAUACUCUUCCUUGUUUAUUGUUAAAAAAACAUCCCUCUUCCCCCUUUUUUUAAAGAUGUCUUUAAUAAUUCUCAACUGGUGGUAAUUAGAGGAUUUUCUUAAGGGAAUACCGAUUCAACAUUUCAUCUCAUUUUUGGUGGUACCAGGUGAAAUGAGUAAUUUCUUUUCUGUAAAACGGGACUGAUACUACUGAUAUAUAUUGUUCAUUUUUCUUUGUGUUUCUUGGUUCGAUUCCCUGCCGGCAUACUGCUAAACUUCUAUUAGUCAGUAGUAAACCCGGUCAAGAGGGAAGGCUGACGAGAAGGGGGGAGCAAUCUCCUAUCCUAUGAAAGAAACAACCGAACUCCUUCGCUCUAUUUAGUUAGUGAAAUUUCACAGCUCAAGUUUGAAACCCUAUACUCACCGCAGAGUGCAAAAAGGAGGGAAAAGGAAAGAGAGAAAUCCUUUUCUUUUAUUUCAAAAAUCUAAAUGUUAUGUAUACAAUUCAACGAUUAUCAUUCAGAGACUUUGUACAGAUAAUAAAGCUAAUGUAGAUAGUGUGUGUAAUAAGUUUUGAUAACAAUCAAUUAUGAUAACCAAAAUGUUUUCUUCUUCGCCUCUCUGACUGUUUGUUCUCGACAUUUAACUGGA